AUGGCGUUGAUAGCAGGCUUACCAAUGAACAUAUGUAUGGCUUCAAACUUCUUCGUGUUUUAUUGUGUCAGUGGACAAUAUCGAGCUGUCUUUGAUGAAUAUCUUUAUUUGUAUACUCUGAAAAAGUAUCUGAAGCUAAAAGGAGCCCAACGACCAACUGCACCGUGGCAGACAUCAGUAUUUAUAGUUGCAAUCAAAUGA